UUUGUUCCUCGGCUGCCGACCAACCUGAAGCCAUGUCCUUGGUCAAAGAUGCCACUCUGGACUCUGAGACUUUACAGGUGCUUCAGGAUGUGGCUAAUCGCCUGCGAAUCCACUCAAUCAGGGCCACGUGCGCCUGCAACACAGGGCAUCCGGGUUCGUGCUGUAGUGCCUCGGAGAUCAUGGCCGUGCUCUUCUUCCACACCAUGAGGUACAAACAAACAGACCCGGAACACCCUGACAAUGACCGCUUUGUCCUCUCCAGGGGCCACGCGGCUCCCAUCCUCUAUGCAGUUUGGGUGGAGGUGGGCAGUAUUUGUGAUUCCGACUUGCUGAACUUGCGGAAAAUCCACUGCGACCCGGAGGGUCAUCCCACCCCACGGCUGUCGUUUGUUAAUGUAGCCACAGGGUCCCUUGGGCAAGGACUGGGUGUGGCCUGUGGAAUGGCCUAUACUGGCAAGUACUUUGACAAGGCCAGCUGCCGUGUGUUCUGCCUCAUGGGGGAUUGUGAGUCCUCCGAAGGCUCUGUCUGGGAGGCCUUGGCCUUUGCUUCCCACUACAACUUGGAUAACCUCGUGGCAGUCUUUGACGUGAACCACUUGGGACAGAGUGGCACUGCUCCACUAGAGCACUUCACAGACGUCUAUGAGCAGCGCUGCCAAGCGUUUGGGUGGAAUACCCAUGUGGUGGAUGGUCACGAUGUGGAAGCCCUCUGCCGGGCCUUCUGGAAAGCGACUCAAGUCAAGAGCAAACCUACUGCCCUGAUUGCCAAGACCUUCAAGGAUAAGGGUAUUCCAGAUGUUGAGGAUGCAGAAAAUUGGCAUGGAAAGCCUAUGCCCAAUGUCAGAGCUGAUGGAAUCGUCAGAUUCAUUGAGAGUCAGAUACAAACAAACAGAAGUCUCACGCCAAAGCCCUCUGUUGAAGACUCAUCCCAGAUCAGCCUCUCCAGUAUAAAAACGACCUCUCCGCCUCCAUAUAAACUGGGUGAUGUGAUAGCUACUCGGGAAGCAUAUGGCUUGGCUCUGGCUAAAUUGGGCCACUCUAACAAAAGAGUUAUUGUUCUAGAUGGCGACACAAAAAAUUCCACCUUUUCAGAGAUGUUUAAGAAAGAACACCCUGGGCGUUUCAUAGACUGCUUUAUUGCUAAACAAAACAUGGUAAGUGUGGCCCUGGGGUGUGCUACACGAGGACAGACUCUUGUUUUUGUUAGUACCUUUGCUGCCUUCCAGACCAGAGCCUUUGAUCAGAUCCAAACCGCAGCUGUCUGUCAGACCAGCAUCAACUUGAUUGGUUCCCACUGCGGGGUGUCUGUUGGAGAAGACGGGCCUUCCCAGAUGGCGCUGGAGGACCUAGCCCUCUUCAGAAGCGUUCCUCACUGCACUGUUUUCUAUCCAAGCGAUGCUGUCGCUACAGAGCACGCUGUUUAUCUGGCAGCCGUCACCAAAGGAGUGUGCUUCAUCCGCACCAGCCGGCCCCAAACUGCAGUGAUUUAUACUUCACAGGAGAACUUUGUGAUUGGACAGGCCAAGGUGAUCCGCCGCAGUGCAGCUGACAAGGUGACAGUUAUUGGAGCAGGAGUCACACUACAUGAAGCUGCCGACGAGCUUUCUCAACAAGGGAUUUCUGUUCGUGUCAUUGACCCCUUCACUAUCAAACCCCUGGAUGCUGCCACCAUCAUCCGAAGUGCCAAAGCCACAGGUGGCCGGAUCGUCACAGUGGAAGAUCACUACCGAGAAGGUGGCAUUGGCGAAGCCGUGUGUGCGGCUGUCUCCAGAGAGCCUGACAUCAUCGUUCGUGAGCUUGUAGUAAGGGGAGUGCCUCGAAGUGAGCAACCUAGUGAGCUGCUGGAAAUGUGUGGAAUCAGUGCCAGACACAUCAUAGCAGCUGUGAAGGAUGUCAUAAUGAAAUAG